AGGAGAUAGAGGAGAAAGAGAAUAGUCUCGUCCCUAUCGAGGAAAAAGUACAACAGACGAGCAGCCAGGCUGAUACAAUCCGGAAUAAGAUUGAUUCUGUUCAGAAAGAACGUGACGAGCAGCGUAAACAGAUCUCCAAGAUCGAGAAAGAAUUAUCGACCGUUCAGAAAGCCCAGAAACAGUUCGAAGAUCAAUGGAAGGAGACCAUGAAAAAACAAGGUAAAGAACUAAGCGACGCUGACCGGAAGGAAUACAAUUCCCUCCGAGCGCAAGCGUUAAGCAAGUCUUCGGAAAACCAGGUCAAGCUGGAGAACCUCAAUCGCCAACUAAAAACCGACGAGGUUACCGUCAACAGCUUAAGGGGCAAGGUUGAGACUUAUCAAGCCGCCGCGGAGAAGCUUGAGACUGAGCUAGCAGUUAUUCAUGAGAGGAAAAGCGUCACCGAAAUUACCGUCAAACAGCUUUCGAGAGAGAUGGAUGCUAAGAAGAAAGAAUUCAACCAGGUUCAGUCGGAAAGAGUUAGAACUAACCAAAGGCGGACAGAGCUCGAUGAGAAGCUUCAAGAUGUUCUAAGGAAGCUGUUAGAGGCGGAUGAUGGAAGACGCCAGAAUGACAAGGAGGCACGGAUGAAGGAGAUGGUCACCUCUCUGAAGCGCAUCUAUCCGGGCGUUAAGGGUAGGGUAGGAGAGCUAUGCAAACCGAAACAGAAGAAGUUCGAUGAAGCGGUCAUCACCGCCCUCGGACGAGACUUUGACUCCGUCGUUGUUGACAGCGAGAAGACUGGUGUGGAGUGCGUGCAAUAUCUGAAGGACCAGCGCUUCCCGCCAAUGACCUUCAUCCCAUUAGACAACAUCAAGGUCAACGCAGCGAACACUGCCGUUAAGGGCAUCAACGGGGCGCGACUAACUAUUGAUGCCAUCGAUUUUGACACUUCGCUCGAGCGCGCAAUGUCCUACGCAUGUGGUGGCUCGAUCGUGUGUGAUAGCUUAGAGAUUGCGAAGCAUGUUUGUUACGAGCGUAGAAUUCAGGUCAAAGCAGUGACGUUGGAAGGGUUUGUCAUUCACAAGGCAGGUUUGAUGACUGGUGGACGAGGUCCAGAUACCAAAGGGAAACGCCGCUUCGAGGAGCAUGACGUCCAGAACCUACAGAAGAUGGCGGACAAAUUUCGGGACGAGAUCGAGAAGCUACCCAGAGCGGAUAGGCGUGGCGUGGCGGAGGAGACGCUGCAAAACGAACUCGCGGGGCUCGAUCAGCGCCUAGCAUUUGCCAACAGCGAACUAACCGCAUUCACCCAAAACAUGGCCAGUAAGAAGAAGGAACUGGAACAUGUCAAACGCCAAGUAAAGGAGUGGCAGCCCAAGUUCAAGGAAGAAGACAUCAAGUUCCAGAAAACGCGCACAGCAGUAGAGAAGUUUAGGGCCGCCAUCGCCGAAGUAGAAGAUAAAAUCUUCGCCGAUUUCUGCAAACGACUCGGAUAUUCUGACAUUCGGGCUUACGAAGCGCAACAAGGAAGUUUGGAGCAAGAAGCUCAUGAGAAGCGUACGCAAUUCGAUCUCCAAAAGUCGAGACUAGAGAGCACCAAGAGCUGGGAAACGUCCCGACAUAAUGAAACUGAGAGCAGGCUCCGUAGCAUCGAAGAUCGCUUUAAGCGACUCUCUCAAGAUAUCAAAUCUUACCAGGCAGAGAAGGAGAAGAUUGAGAUGACAAUGAGCGAGGAUCAGGAUAGCCUUAACGUCCUUCAGCAGGAGCUGGACGAGUACAAAGCUGAGCUUGCGAAACGGUCAGAGAAGGUCAACGCGGCCAAGACAGAAGUUCAGAAGAGAAGCAAGGAUAUCGAGGGCAGGCAGAAGGCGAUCAGCGCACUGGAAACCGAAGUCCAGAGGAAUAGCGCUGGAAAAUUCGCGCUGUUGAGACGGUGCAGAUUAGAGCAGAUCAACGUACCUCUCACCUCAGGAUCUCUCGAUAAUCUCCCAAACCAGGACAACCUCUUACAACAGGAUCCGGACGCCAUGGAUGUAGACGAUGGAGACGACGCUGAUAUUAUGGGUGAUGCUAUGGAUGAUUAUGGUAUUGAGGUCGACUUCAACGAGUUAGAUGAUGAGCUGAAAGAUCCCGAGGACGAGAGCGUCGAGGAUAAGUUACAAGAGAAGAUCUCGUCGCUUACUGCGGAGCUGGAGAAGCUAAACCCCAACAUGCGAGCGAUAGAGCGCUUAGAGGUUGUCGAGGCACGACUCACAGCUACUCAAAAGGAUUACGAUAACUCCAAAGCGGUCUACGAGGCUGCGAAGGACGCCUUUGACGAUGUCAAGACCAAACGCUUCGAGCUAUUCGACAAGGCGUUUGUCCACAUCCGAGAGCAGAUCUCGCACGUCUACAAGGACUUGACGAGAUCGGACCAGUACCCACUCGGCGGUCAAGCCUACCUCGAUAUUGAAGAGGACACAGACAAGCCGUAUCUCUCGGGGAUCAAGUACCACGCCAUGCCGCCUCUCAAACGCUUCCGCGACAUGGAACAUCUGUCAGGAGGCGAGAAGACGAUGGCUGCACUUGCUCUGCUCUUCGCCAUCCACAGCUACCAGCCUAGUCCCUUCUUCGUGCUCGACGAGGUAGACGCUGCGCUUGACAAUGCGAACGUCGACAAGAUCAAGAAUUACAUCCGCGAGCACGCAGGGCCUGGUAUGCAGUUCAUCGUCAUCAGUCUGAAGACGGGCCUGUUCCAGGACAGCGAGAGCCUCGUCGGCGUGUACAGAGAUCAGGAAGUAAACAGCUCACGAUCGCUGACCCUUGAUCUACGCAAAUAUGUGUAAUACACAAGUUUAUUCUACUGGAAAGCAGGUGGUUCUACAGGGAGGGGAUGGCGUGUCACGAGGGACGGCUUCAUGAUAUGGGUAAUGAAUGAUAGGCGGGUGCCGGUGGAUAUUGGCACACCCCCAAGUUGUGGGCAAACCCCACCAGGCUCGCCCGUAUGCUUGUGUUGAAGAUACCUUUGACGGUUUCGCUUGGAGUAAAGUAGACUCCAGAUAUUUGUUUGUAUUACAUCUUUUUACUUCAGGGCAGUGUAGAUACCACUCACGCGCGGGUGCUUAGGCUUUCACGUUUGCUAGAAAUCUAG